CAAUUACCCCACACCAUCAAGCCAGGAACCUUCCACCAUGAAGCCAUCUCAGCUGCUCACCGCCGCGACCAUGCUGUCGCUGCCAGCUCUGUCCUUGGCGAAAUACUGCGCCGGGUGCGACUACGCGGCAUGCUACUACAACGGUGGCUGCAUCAACCUGGACCCAGCGAGAGGCCGCGCGAACCCUGGCUGUUCCCCUCAAAUCAUCGGUGCCACUUGUCACUGCGAUUACAGUGGCGCAGACAUUCACUGUUGCACAUCGUGCCCAGGAACUUGAGGAGGCAGUGGCUCGAGGUGCGUGGUGCCUGAGUGGAAGGAGGACAGUUUGGAGGGAGGCAAGCUUCGCUACAUCUCGGCUGGCGUAGAUUGAUGCCUACCCGCGAGUACAUGACGGUCAAGAUGGCGAUGAAGCAGGGGCUUGAGAGUGGAUUCCGUUCUGGGUGGAAUUAAUAUCGAAGAGGGCAAUAUUGUGGACUGCGAGCUCGAUAAUGUGUUGCGCCAAUGAAUUUCCUUGCGGCCG